AUGGGAGAUAAGCCAAUUAGGAAGCAGGAUGGCUCCAGCUUCAUUCAACAUUACUACCAGUUAUAUGAUAAUGACAGAACCCUACUAGAUGCAAUUUACAUCGAUGAGUCAUGCCUUACAUGGGAAGGUCAGAAAUUCCUGGGGAAAGCUGCCAUUGUGGAGAAGUUGUCUAGACUUCUGUUCCAGAAAGUCCAGCACAGCAUCAUGGCUCAGGGCCAUCAGCCCAUGCCAGAAAGCUGCAUUAUCAGCAUGGUUGUGGGUCGGUGUAAGGAUGAAAACCCCAUCAUGGAGUUCCACCAGAUGUUCCUAUUAAAGAACAUCAAUGAUGCCUGGGUUUGCACCAAUGACAUAUUCAGGCUUGCCUUGUACAACUUUGGCUGA